AGGCCGUGGCCCGGGCGGGGGCCGCAGGCAGCGCGGGUGCCGGUGCCACAGGUGCAGUGGGACUGCAUGAACCCCAAGUACAAGAUCAAAAAGCGCAACUACAAGAAUUCGGGGGUGGUGGUGCUGCUGGACCUGAAGAUCCACAGGGUUUACUCCUUCCUGGAUUACAUCAUGGGCGGCUGCCAGAUCCAUUUCACGGUGGCCAUCGACUUCACGGCCUCCAACGGGGACCCCCGGAACAGCUGCUCCCUGCACUACAUCAACCCCUACCAGCCCAAUGAGUACCUCAAGGCGCUGGUGGCUGUGGGUGAGAUCUGCCAGGACUAUGACAGCGAUAAGAAGUUCUCGGCUCUGGGCUUUGGUGCCAGGAUCCCCCCCAAGUAUGAGGUCUCCCACGACUUCGCCAUCAACUUCAACCCCGACAAUGAUGAGUGUGAGGGCAUCCAGGGCGUUGUGGAGUCCUACCAGAGCUGCCUGCCCAAAAUCCAGCUCUACGGCCCCACCAACGUGGCUCCCAUCAUCUCCAAGGUGGCUCGCGUGGCGGCCGACGAGGAGCGGACCAAGGAGGCGUCGCAAUACUUCAUCCUGCUGAUCCUGACGGACGGCGUGGUGACGGACAUGGCGGACACGCGGGAGGCCAUCGUCCGCGCCUCCUACCUGCCCAUGUCCAUCAUCAUCGUCGGCGUGGGCAAUGCCGACUUCACGGACAUGCAGAUCCUGGACGGGGACGACGGCGUCCUGCGCUCCCCCAAGGGCGAGCCCGUCCUGCGCGACAUCGUCCAGUUCGUCCCGUUCCGCGAGUUCAAGAACGCGUCACCCACAGCCCUGGCGAAGU